UCUCCUUCCCUCGUAUAAGAUAAACCAACUCCCAGUUCCGAAACAGAAUUUGCAGAACCAGUCCCAUUCCAAGUACCCCCCACCCCCCUUCUCCCUUCCUUCUUCGCAGAGGAACAUACAAUUUACCAGUAGAGAGAGAAAACGUUGCACGCAGAAUAUGCCGGGCAGCUUAGAGCCGUUGGAUGUUGGGGUCCAGAUCCCCUACCACUUCCGGUGCCCCAUCUCCCUCGAGCUGAUGCGCGACCCCGUGACUGUCUCCACCGGCCAGACCUACGACCGCUCCAGCAUCGAGUCCUGGGUCGCCACCGGCAACACCACCUGCCCCGUCACCCGCUCCCCUCUCUCCGAUUUCACCGUCAUCCCCAACCACACCCUUCGCCGCCUCAUCCAGGACUGGUGCGUCGCCCACCGCUCCUUCGGCGUCGAGCGCAUCCCCACUCCCAAGCAGCCCGCCGAUCCCUCCCUUGUCCGCUCGCUUCUCGCUCAGUCUGCCUCAGCCUCCGCCGCCCCCCACGCCCGCCUCUCCGCCGUCACUCGCCUCGCCUCGCUCGCCCGGGACUCCGAUAAGAACCGCUCCGUCAUCGUCUCCUCCCACAACGCCCGCCACAUCCUCCUCUCCCUCGUCUUCUCCGAUUCCAAUUCGGAUUCCGAGUUGAGCCGCGAGUCGCUCGCGCUUCUGGCAAUGUUCCCGCUCACCGAGUCGGAGUGCGCCUCCGUGGCUUCCGAUCCGCGCCGGGUGGCCUAUCUUGUGUCGCUCCUAUUCCACUCCUCAAUCGAGGUCCGGGUCAACUCCGCCGCGCUCAUCGAGCUCGUCGCUGCGGGGAUCAGGUCGCCGGAGCUCCGGGCGAAGAUCAGCAACUCCGAGGGGAUCUUCGAGGGAAUCGUCGAAAUCCUGCGGUGCCCGCUGGCCUUCCCGCGCGCUCUCAAAGUGGGCAUCAAAGCCCUGUUCGCCUUGUGCCUGGUGAAGCAGUCCCGGCCCGCGGCGGUGGCCGCCGGUGCCGCGGACGCGCUCGUGGACAAACUGGCGGACUUCGAGAAGUGCGACGCGGAGCGCGGGCUGGCCACGGUGGAGCUGCUCUGCCGGGUGCCGGAGGGGUGCGCGGCGUUCGCGGCGCACGCGCUGACGGUGCCGCUGCUGGUGAAGACCAUUCUGAAGGUGUCGGAGCGGGCGACAGAAUACGCGGCGGGGGCGCUGCUGUCGCUGUGCACGGCAUCGGAGCAGUCGCAGAGGGAGGCGGUGGCGGCGGGAGUGGUGACCCAGCUGCUGCUUCUGGUGCAGAGCGAUUGUACUGAGAGAGCGAAGCGAAAGGCACAGAUGCUGCUGAAGCUGCUUCGAGAUUCGUGGCCAGAAGAUUCUAUUGCCAAUUCGGAUGACUUUGCCUGCAGCGAAGUUUUCCCAUUCUGAUAAUUUGAUUGUUCUUCCUCAUCUUUUUUUCGUAAAUUUAGAUUGAUCAUCUGAUUUUUUUCAUAAUUUUUUUUUGGAAAGAAUAGAAAAGAAAAUGUGGGUACAUAGAGAAAUUUCACUUGGAAAUUGUGUAUGUAUUUUUGUACGUAAGAAUCAUUAUUGUUUAGAGAGAGGUUGAAAAUCAGGAUGGAUAGAUUGAUUGA